UCAGCGGGCGGGGCUUGGAGGCCCCACCCUCCCCAGAGCCAGCCGGGAUGCCUGUCUUUCUCCUUGUUAUUUCAGCAGGCUUUGAGAAGUUAACCUUUCUCUACUAGAGAGGCUUCAGUUCUUCUCUAUCCUGAGAGGACACCCACAGGAAAAGACCCCGAUUGCCAUGAACCCUGCCAUCACCAGCCGUGAGCACCCGGACCCCUCGCAGAAGGGUGAUGGCAUGCUCACCUUCUAUGAUGAUGGCCAAGGCAGGAAGAAGGAUGGCCAGCACCGGAGUCCCAGCAGCAGCGACCUGGCCUAUGGCAUCCUGGACAUCCCACCGUGGUAUCUCUGCAUCAUCUUGGGGAUCCAGCACUUCAUCACUGCCCUGGGGGGACUCGUGGCAGUGCCGCUCAUCCUGGCCAAGGGCCUGUGUCUGCAGCAUGACCCCCUCACCCAGAGCUACCUCAUCAGCACCAUGUUCUUCAUCUCCGGCAUCUGCACUCUCCUGCAAGUGUUUUUUGGAGUCAGGCUGCCCAUUCUCCAAGGAGGGACGUUUGCUUUUGUGGCUCCCUCCCUGGCCAUGUUCUCCCUUCCCACCUGGAAGUGUCCCGAGUGGACACUCAAUGCGAGCCAGGUGAACACCAGCUCUCCCGAAUUCACCGAGGAGUGGCAGAAGAGGAUCCGAGAGUUGCAGGGCGUCAUCAUGGCCGCUUCCUGCUUCCAGAUGCUCCUGGGCUUCUCAGGACUGGUUGGCUAUCUCAUGCGCUUCAUUGGCCCCUUGACCAUUGCUCCGACCAUCUCCCUGGUGGCCCUGCCUCUCUUCGACUCUGCGGGCAAUGAUGCCGGGGCCCACUGGGGGAUCGCCGCCAUGACCAUCUUCCUCAUCAUGCUGUUUUCUCAAUACCUGAAGCACAUCCCAGUGCCUGUGCCCCUUUAUGGACGACAGGAGAAGUGUCACACGUCUAGCAUCCACCUGUUUCAGCUCUUCCCUGUGCUGCUGGCGCUCUGCAUCUCCUGGCUCCUGUGCUUCGUGCUCACGGAGACCAACACCCUCCCCGCGGCCCCCACCGCCUACGGGUACCUGGCCCGCACAGACACCAAAGGCGAUGUCCUGAACCAAGCCCCUUGGUUCCGCUUCCCUUACCCAGGACAGUGGGGUCUCCCCACCAUCAGCCUGGCUGGGGUCUUUGGGUUCAUCGCCGGGGUGAUCGCCUCCAUGGUGGAAUCAGUGGGCGAUUAUUAUGCCUGUGCCCGGCUGGUGGGGGCCCCGCCCCCUCCAAAGCAUGCCAUCAACCGCGGCAUUGGCAUUGAGGGCCUCGGCUGUAUGCUGGCAGGGUCCUGGGGCACAGGGAACGGCACCACCUCCUACAGCGAGAACGUCGGGGCACUGGGUAUCACCAAGGUGGGGAGCAGGAUGGUGAUUGUCGCCUCGGGCUUCGUGCUGCUCCUGAUGGGUGUCUUUGGGAAGAUCGGGGCUGCGUUUGCCACCAUCCCGACCCCCGUGAUCGGAGGCAUGUUCAUCGUGAUGUUCGGGAUCAUCGUGGCCGUGGGGAUUUCCAAUCUGCAGCACGUGGACAUGAACUCGUCCAGGAACCUCUUUGUCUUUGGCUUCUCCAUCUACUGUGGGCUCACCAUUCCCAACUGGGUGAGCAAGAACUCGGACCUGCUCCAGACAGGGAUUCUCCAGCUGGACCAGGUCAUCCAGGUGCUACUGACCACAGGCAUGUUUGUCGGUGGAUUUCUGGCCUUCCUACUGGACAACACCAUCCCAGGAAGUCUGGAGGAGCGAGGCUUCCUGGCAUGGAAUCAAGCCCAGGGGUCGGAGGACACUACGAGGGUCUUGGAGAUCUACGGCCUCCCCUGUGGGAUUGGCACCAAGUGCUGCACUUCCUCCUGCACCCGGUUCCUCCCCUUCUGGCCCAGGCUGGAACCUGGUGGGAAAGGGGAGAUGGGAGUGAGUCAGCUCACACUCUGCUCCCAGGAUUUCUCAGGAGUGCGCCCAGAGGGUGCCAUAGAGACCCGGAUGUGAGGCUGUCUCUCUGAUGCACGUCCCCAAGCCCUCUCCACCCCACCCCAACCCAGAAUGUGCUGGUCUCCCCGUGCAGCCAUGGGAUCACACCCUCCUGAGCACCCCCAGCGUCCCAUACACUGUGGCAGCCGAGUACGCAGUCGGUGAAGACCAUGACAAGCAUGCUGUGACCUGGCACUCCGUCCGCGGCCUGGCCUCAGGCUGCAUCCUUCCCUGGCUCCAGCCCUGCUGUCUGUCAUGGAAACCAGUGUAGCCUGAUGUCCAUCCCCAUCAAAACUCCCGCAGUCUGCAUGUUCUUAGGACAUUUUGAUGCCUUGGGAGAAGAAGCCUCGGGUGGAGCAGGGGACGAAGAUGGGGCUGUUGGCUGAAAGAACAGGUCUCUUCCCAACGAGGCAGGUGGCCCUGCUGGCCCCUCCAGGCCCUCCCCUCUGUGCCCCUGCAGUUUGCAAACAGUCAGGUGCCAACAAAGCUGCAGCCCUGCACCCCCCAGUGGGCGUCCUUGGGGCUGCCUCCUGCAUCACAGGACGGUGAGCGGUGAGAGCUGGGCUGUGGGGCAGACAGAUGAAACAGCCUUCGGUGGAGGGGAGCUACUGUUGCUAAGAUGUGUAAACUGUAAAGAGCCACGCAAACCCAUCCCCAUUCUCUCAGUACAUUCAGUGGAUUCGUCAGGGUUCUCUAGAGAUAACAAGUCAAUAGCAUAUGUGUGUAUGUUCACAUACAUAUAUUCACAUGCCUACAUACAUAUAUGUUCCCACACAUAUAUACAUGUUAUCUAUGUACUAUAUAUGUACAUGUGUGCUGUACACACACACACGCGCGAGAGAGAGAGAGAGAGACGGAGCCUUUAAGCCAUGGGCUCCUGGAUUGUGGAGGCUGGCAAGUCCAAAAUCUGCAGGGUAGACCCUAGUAGGCUGGGAGAGUUGCAGCCUGAGUCUCUGAGGGCUGUCAUUGGCAGAAUUCCUUCUUCCUUAAGUCUUUUCUUUUGGUCUAGUUGGUCCUUCAACUGAUUAGACAAGGCCCACCACAUUAGGGUGAGUAACCUGCUUUACUCAAAGUCUACUGAUUUACAUGUUCAUUUCAUCCAAAAUACCAUCAUAGAAACAUCUAGAAUAAUGUUUGACCGAACAUCACUCCCAGGGUACAUGCCCAGGGACAUGAUACACUCUCUGUCCAGGAGCCUCGCUGGAAAGCGCUGGGACCUGGCGUGGGCUCCCUUCAGGGGUCUUUAUCACCAGAAGAAGCAGGUGUCGCUGGUCCCACCCUGACUGGUGUCCUGUAGCACUCGUUUGGGGUCAGCACCAUUCCGGGCUCCCAGAGCAUGCAGGAUGGACAGGUGGUCCCCAGGACUCUCCAGAACCCCGCAGAACAACAACCUGACCCCAGAGUGCACGGAAAGUACCCAGGAUCCUGGCACCUCCACAGACAGGUGCUGCCUGUCCUUCUCUGGGAAGGCCCAGGGCCUGCACCUCAGCGGCGCCCGGCACCACCCGCCCAAAGGAGCAGAGGGGGAGCAGGUGUGUGCCCUGCAGGACAGCCCCUUCACCAAACACCUGAGAGACCAACACAGCCACGCUGCUCUUAAUGCUUUAUAAUAAUCAAAACGAAAACCAUCGACAUGCUUCUGGGAGAGCCCAUCCAAAAUAUCCCAGAAGGCCGAGGCGGGUGCAGCGGGCAUUCAGACUUGGAAACUGUCCACGUCAUUCAUUGCCUCCCCUCCCAGCCCUUCUGCACUACAGAUCUUCAUCAUCAAAGGUCUCCAAGCACUGCAACAUCAACAGCUCGUCGUCUAUGGGAAGGUCUGCUUCCUGCAACAUACAGGGUGGAAGAGGAUUGAUAUUUUUUAAGGAUUCCUGGCCCUGGGCGACAGCCAGGUUGGGGGGUGAGGAGGCUCCUCCACCGCAGGCGUGCCCUGCUCCCCCAGUCUCUACCCACAUCUUUUCAGCUGCAUCUUCACCCACAGCUUACGGCCAGGAAGUAAGGGCAGUGGGGGGAAGGUCCCAUGUCCAUUUUACUCAUUGACUACAAAAAAGGCUUUUCCUGGA